UUUUUCCGUUCCCUAUCAAUCAAACCAAUCUGGGCCGCACAGAAUAAUGCUUAGGGCAAAAGCUCGGGAGGUGGGGAGGCCAGUGGAGUUCAUGUAGCAUUGAAUAGAUGGCCGGAGCCAAGGAAGAUGGAAAUUACUCGAGGAAAAAAAAAAUGUCGGCGUUUUAGGGAGAGGAGGGGGGUGGGAAAGAAGGAUUCUGAAAAAGCAAGGGCGACAGCUAGAAGCAAGGCCCCAGCCAGUGUACCCUCUUCCAGUUGAAUCGCGAGUGGCACAGGGGAGGGAUAGGCAGCUGUCCCUUGCUUGAUUGAUUGAUGUGGGCAAGAUUUUUCGAACUAAAAUUAGAAACUAAUAUUUAUAAAUACAUUUACGAAUAGCAAUAAUAUUUUAAUACAAUGUCAAUGCAUAUGGGAUGAAAUACGCACUUUAUAUGCACUUUAAUCCAGCAGCAUUUUGUCAUGUUACUGUAUUUUCGCGCAGCUACCUGUGAAAGCGGCAGCUGAUCCGUCUCAGACACCGCUGUAAAUAUGGCGCUUCUGCUUAACUUCACCAUUGCAAACUAACGUUUUAAAACAAGGACUCUUCACUUGGUGUUGCGGCCAUGAAGAGAGUUAAUGCAUAUUACAUUUAGUACACAUUUGAGGCUGUUAUCGCCUAAUUUAGUGGGCAAAAGGAACAAUUUUCUAUUUAUUAGCUAGUAAGCUAACUAGCUAGAUAGCUGGUUUAUUUACGAAAGCAACUAACGUUAGCUAUUUUGUUUAGCGACCUUGUCUUGAACAAGUAAACAUUCGCAAUAAAUGUAGUUUAAAGUUCUCUGAAACUGAAUUUUUACUUCACUGAAUUGUCUCACUCCGACAGCUUUUCCUUCAUAUGAUUGAAAGCUAAUCCAAUAAUUGCUUGCUAUUGCUAAACCACCAAGAAGCUCUACUAGUUGGCUUUGUUGCUGCGAGAAAUGGCAGCAGUCGGGUUUUAACAUGGUGGGUGUGUGCCAUCAGUUAGGACCGUGGACAUUAACCUGGUUUCACGAUAAGACAUGUAUGAUUCGCACCGUUGUCGUAUCCUUGCACACGAGCGUAAGUCAAAGACGUGCACAAAGCUGUACAUUUCGAAUGCAAGCGUAUAAACUACAUAACAUUUAGUUCUCCCCUCAUAGCCUUUGUUUCCUAAGCCUUUUAUAUGUAAAUAUACAUGCAUGUUUCAUUCUCGUUUUGACGAAUACCUUACAGUCAAAUAGGUAGCUGCAUUGUCGUGUAUGUUAUUGCACUACAGGGAGUAGAUCAUCUCUGUCAGAGCAAUCCAGCAUUGCCAUGUUCUAUUCAUAAACAUGGUCAAUUAAUAAAGUGUAAAAGUGGAAUGUAAUCGUGUUUAGGCCAUUAAAAACAUUCUUUAUUUCUAUGGUUUAGACUACAAUAAGGGUCAAAUAUUUAUAGCACUUGGUCUUUCAAAGAGGGAAAAACAAUUCAAUAGAUUUUCACUGUAGUUUUGCAAUUUACCUCAACCCUUCUCCUUAGUGCAGUAUUAGUCCAAUAUUGUUUACCAAAUACAAAUGUCAGUUUUUGUAACUUGUCCUGUUUUCAAAUAAUCUCCAUUUAUCAUGAAGAGUAAUUUAUACUAUAAUAGCCUUUUUUAAUUCUCAACAGUGUGUGGACCUAUGUGUUUUUCUAGGUCCGCCAACAUGAUGGCUGCCCAGUCGGAUUCCAUAGACAAGUACCUGGAGGGAGAGCAGCAGAUGCUGGGGUCGGAGCAGGUGGAUGGUGACGAGGGUUUGGAUGCAGCCUCCAGUCCAACCCCCACUGAGCCCCAGACCCCCAUGGAUGUAGAUAAGGCUUCCAUAUACCGGCAUCCCUUGUUCCCUCUCCUGGCCCUGCUCUUUGAGAAAUGUGAGCAGUCGACACAGGGCUCAGACUGUGUCACGUCAGCCAGCUUCGACGUGGACAUUGAGAACUUUGUCCGAAGCCAGGAGAAAGAGGGCAAAGCCUUCUUCAGUGAGGACCCUGAUCUCGACAAUCUGAUGGUGAAGGCCAUCCAGGUGCUGCGGAUCCACCUGCUGGAGCUGGAGAAGGUCAGCGACCUGUGUAAGGACUUCUGCAGCCGCUACAUCUCCUGCCUCAAGACCAAGAUGAACAGCGAGACGCUGCUGAGUGGAGAACCUGGCAGCCCCUACUCAUCUGGACAGGGUUUCUCCCCCACCAAGAUCCAGACGUCCAGCUCUUUCACAGGAACCCUCAGUCCCCAGGGGAUUGUGGUGCCAGCAUCGGCCCUGCAGCAAGGCAACGUCACCGUGACAACAGUCAACCCCACACAGGUUAUAGCAGGUAUGUCACCCUGGCAUACAACAACCACAGGUGGCACAGUCUACCAACCAGUCACAGUAGUCAACUCACAGGGCCAGGUGGUGUCACAGACCCUCUCGCCCCAGACCAUACGCAUCCAGAACACACAGCUCCAGCUGCAGCUCAACCAGGACCUGAGUUUCUUCAACCACGACGACAGCUCACCCAAGAACAAGCGUGGCGUUCUUCCCAAACAAGCCACCAACGUCAUGCGCUCCUGGCUCUUCCAGCACAUCGGGCACCCCUACCCCACAGAGGAUGAGAAGAAGCAGAUCGCUACCCAAACUAACCUGAGCCUCCUCCAAGUCAACAACUGGUUCAUAAAUGCGCGGAGGCGAAUCCUGCAGCCCAUGCUGGACGCCAGCUCUUCGGAGACACCCAAAACCAAGAAGAAACCUCCUCCGAACAGGCCGCUACAGCGCUUCUGGCCUGACUCCAUCGCCACGGGGAUGACCCAACAACAGGUCCAGAUGCCAGAUGGAACCACGGUGAUGAUGAGUGUGGAGGGUCUCCGGAGCCUGACAUCAGACGGUGCCACGCUGGCCGUGCAGCAGGUGAUGAUGGGCGGGCACAGCGAGGACGAAUCAGGAGACAGCGGGGACGAGGACGAUGAUGACGACAUGGCUGGGCUGGGCCUGGACAACAGCGACUCCCUGCAGUAGGACACAGAUGUACUGUAUACACACACACAAACACGAAGACAUACACACUUUAAAACAAACUUUAAUAUGUAUAUGUGUGUGUGUGGUGGUUAAGACCAUCAACUGACCCAUUAUGUAGGUAGGCUGAUAAUGAUUAAGGUGGGCUGAUAAUGAUUAAGGCGGGCUGAUAAUGAAUAAGGCGGGCUGAUAAUGAAUAAGGCGGGCUGAUAAUGAAUAAGGCGGGCUGAUAAUGAAUAAGGCGGGCUGAUAAUGAAUAAGGCGGGCUGAUAAUGAAUAAGGCGGGCUGAUAAUGAAUAAGGCGGGCUGAUAAUGAAUAAGGCGGGCUGAUAAUGAAUAAGGCGGGCUGAUAAUGAAUAAGGCGGGCUGAUAAUGAAUAAGGCGGGCUGAUAAUGAAUUGCAACACACACUUAGAACCAAAUCAGAGCCAUUUUUGAUGCUCUGCUAAAAAUAGGAUGGCUCAGAUUAUGUAUGUACUGUAGAUAGACUGGUAUUGCAUCGCAAGUACACAAUGUAAGUAUACGCUCGCUCGAUCGGUUUACACAGAGCACAGAGCACAAGCACUGGACAUACGGGAUCACUCCUGAUGUUCCUUUAAUGAAUGGAGUGUCUUGUGUGUGAGGAGUUCGAUUUCAGAAAGCGUUUUUACCAAGCCAUCUGCGUGUGUAGGCCAGUGUUUUUCUCUAUAAUAUCAUUGUAUUUUCCAAAAGCCCGAGAACGGAAGCAGCAACACAAAAAAAUCAUAAAGUGUUAAACACACUCUGAAGCUCCGUUACUAAAUGUUGAAUGAUUUCUUAUUUUUUUUAAUAUAAUCUCUUGUUGGAUGCCAACACUUUCAAGUUGUAUCUGUAAUGGGUUUUGUUCACUUUGCAUGCCUGUGUUUGACUACAUGUGCACACUCUGAUUAGGACUGGCUUACAGGCAGAGCCCAUGGUGUACAGGAAGACCCUAUAGGUCCAGAAAAAGCCCAUUGGGAGAAUUUAAAGUAAAGAGGCUUAUUUUUAUAUA